CUUGUGUUCUUUGGUUCUGGGCCCGUGGUGUGCGUGCAGGCUGUGGACCUGAGCAAGCCCAUCGACAAAAGGAUCUACAAAGGCACUCAGCCCACGUGUCACGACUUCAACCAGCACUCCGCAUCGGCCGAGAGCGUGGCUCUCAUCGUGGGCUUCUCAGCCGGGCAGGUCCAGUAUCUGGACCCCAUCAAGAAGGAGACCAGUAAACUCUUCAACGAGGAGAGGUUGAUAGACAAAUCCAAAGUGACGUGUCUAAAAUGGCUGCCUAAAUCGGAGAACCUGUUCCUGGCGUCGCACGCCAGCGGUCACCUCUACCUCUACAAUGUGGAUCACCCGUGCGGCACCACGGCGCCGCAGUACUCAUUGCUCCGUCAGGGUGAGGGCUUCGCCGUCUACGCCUGCAAGACCAAGACGCCGCGCAAUCCGCUCCUGCGCUGGGCGGUGGGCGAGGGAGGCCUCAACGAGUUCGCCUUCUCGCCGGACGGCGUCCACGUGGCGUGCGUGGGCCAGGACGGCUGCCUGCGCGUCUUCCACUUCGACUCCAUGGAGCUGCAGGGCGUCAUGAAGAGCUACUUCGGCGGCCUGCUGUGCGUGUCGUGGAGUCCCGACGGGAAGUACCUGGCCACGGGCGGCGAGGACGACCUUGUGACGGUGUGGUCAUUUGCGGAAAGCCGCGUGGUGGCCCGGGGUCACGGCCACAAGUCCUGGGUUAACGUAGUGGCCUUUGACCCCUUCACCACCUCGCUGGAGGAUGAGGAGCCAAUGGAGCUGAGUGGCAGUGAGGAGGACCUCCACCAGGGGGUGCAAAACAACUCCAUGCACUUUGGGCGGGUGCGAACAAGCAGCACUUUGUCACGUCUUUCCCGCCAUAGCUCCAAAGGUGGGGGCUCGGCGGCGGUCACCUACAGGUUCGGUUCUGUGGGUCAGGACACGCAGUUCUGUCUGUGGGACCUGACAGAUGACGUGCUCUACCCCCGCCUCCCGCUGUCCAGGGCCUUCACAAACACUUUUGGACCCUCGCUGCCCAACUCCAACAGUGGUGGGGUGAACAGCACGUCAGGUGGUGGGGGGAGUGGCGGCGUGGAGGGCCACCACCACCCCCCCAACGCCACCAUCAGCACCUCGAACCCGCCCACCUUGCCUUUGCCCCUGCCCCGCUCCUUGUCACGCUCCAACUCGCUGCCCCACCCUGCGGUCGCCAACGUCUCCAAGGGCCAGGGUGCCUCGGAGAGCAGCGGCGGUGGAGGCGGGGGCGGAGUCGUCAGCGGCGGAGCGAACAGCACGCCGUUCAGCAUCGGCCGCUUCGCCACGCUCUCCCUGCAGGAGCGCAAGUCGGACAAGUCCGGCGGCGGUGGCGUGGAGAAGGAGCACAAGCGCUACCACAGCCUGGGCAACAUCAGCAAGAGCAACGACAAAAUCAACAUGGCGCCCAGGGGAAGCCGCCUGGACGCCGCCAAGGUGCUGGGAACCACGCUGUGCCCGCGCAUGCACGAGGUGCCGCUGCUGGAACCGCUGGUGUGCAAGAAGAUCGCCCACGAGCGCCUCACCGUGCUCGUCUUCAUGGACGAUUGCAUCAUCACGGCGUGCCAGGAGGGCCUCAUCUGCACGUGGGCGCGGCCCGGGAAGGCGAACUUGACCGCGCACAACGGCAACUCUCCGAGUGGCACAGUGGUAUAGCUGCACCUUCGUCCCGCCUCCUUCUCGAUAAGCCCCUCCCACCUGGAGCACCUGACCUUUGCAGUGUUAUUUACCCUCAUGAAGCCACGGCCGCUGUAUUUAUAGUUAUUUAUUUUGCCACCAGACGGAGUAGUAAUUUAUACUGUAAAUAGUAGAAGGAAGGAAGUGGACAUGUACAUAGCAACACACCGAAUGUCCUUCAGGCAACGUACGGCAGCGUUUUUUUUUUAGUUCUGAUGGACGCUCAGGCCAAAUCAUGUGACCAGCCUGGGUGCGUGUGCGCACACACACACACACACACACACAGUCGCUAGCGGUGUAGCAUGGUGUGUAUAUCACACUCAUUCGUGUUGCACCUGAAUUGCCUCUUGCAAUAAUUUGCACACAAGCGAUCCACGGUCCAUCCAGUCGCCGCCGCAUGCCGCCAUUAGGUGGUCACCAUGACUUCACUCAACACGAAGUUGCUGGAGCUUGAUGGGAAUUUGGCCUAAAAAAAGAAAAAUGACACAUGUUGAAAGAUGAAACUGCUUUUCAUUUCAGCCUGUGGUGAUGAUUUUUUUUUUUUUUUGCUUUCUAAUAAAGACAAGCCAAGUGUCA